ACAACAUCUAGUCUGCCGGAAACUCACACGAAGAAGUAAACGGAAGUGAACCGUUAUUACAAAUUAUUUUCCACGUUAUCGUUUUUAUUUAGACGUGUAUUGACACACUGGAACUCAAAAUAUGACUCCUUUAACUGUAUACCAUCAUACCCCAUGUAGUAUUUAAUUCACGUUGGAGACAGGACUUGGUUGAUAGCUGUUAUCUAGGAAACGCUAGCUAGCUAGCUGCUAACGUUAGCAAAAUGGCUAACUGUAUGGUUUUUCACACUCAAAUAGCCUCCAUCAUGGAGGUGCUAGCGAAUGCAGCCGUGGCAGAGAUCUGUAAACUGGUAGAUGACGACUAUGCAGUGUUUCGUUUGGAAAUAAAUCAAAGCCAAAGAGAAAACAGGGCAUUGCGGAGGAAACUACUAGAACUGAAGGUGGCACGGGAGCGCGCAGAGAGGACAAUGCGAGAGCGCGUCCUCGCCAGUCGCCCAAGUAGUGUCAAGAUCCUUGACCGAUACAGAGGAAUGGCAAGAGGUGAAGGACAUCUCACUGGAGGCCACAGAAGCUUUGUGAAGCCAGCGGAACACAAUACAUGGAGAGAUGAACAAACAAUCACUGUAGAUGAGGGGAGUGGAACCUCAACCCAGCACAUUAUCAUGAUAGAGUCUGGAGAUGCAGAGGCUGCAGGUCAUGGGGUCAAACUGGAGAGGUCUGAAGGAGAGGAGGACCCACGGAACAUAAGAGACAUUCAGUCUGGAGCGCCCUCUGUAGCCACGGAGGACCCCACCACCCCAGCGCAGCCCAGGACCCGACGCAGCAUCACGGAGGAGGAGGAGGGUCCAGAGGUGCUGCUGGUGAAGGAGGAGGGGUGUGAGGAGGGUCUGGGGAACCCUGAGGGGCCCAUGGUCAUGGAGGACAACCAGACUACACCUCCUCCUGAGCCCACAGAGGAACCAGCUGAGCAGCACAGGACCAAACACAGUCUCACUGAGUCAGUAGACAUGAAGGAUGGGAAUCUUGAUCUGCUGCUAGUCAAAGAGGAGACAAUAGAAGAUGGACCAGAGAGCAUUGACCUGAGUGGACUAAAGAUGGGGGAGCAAGGUGGUUGGCUGGAGGCUAACAGGGGAGACUGGGUGGCCAUCUUGGAAUCCCAGAACCAGACGGGUGCAAGCAAGGGCCCAGGGGACAUCACUGAGAAGGCCAGGACCAGAGGCGACAUAGUGGAGUCUGCAGUCCAUGAAGACCUGCAGAUAUCAGGUGUUGCUGGCGGGAGAGACUGGACCUCUGAGGCGGCUGGACACAAACCCUGGCCUCAGAUCAGGACAGUGGAUCAGGAGCUGUCACGCUUCCUUCCCAAGUCGGAACCAGGACCCACCCAUGAAGGAAAGAGACUCCACCACUACACAGAACACAACCAGUGGACAGGGGGACUGAACACCCUCAGUCCUGGUGGUCAUCAGAGAGACAGAGGCUCCAAUCAGGGAUCCAGUCUGCAGCCCAGACCCUUCUCUUCACAGUCUCAGUUCAGGGAUGAAGCAGGACCUGGGGCUGAUAGAGACAUACCCUCCUGUUCCUAUGAUACAAACACCACAGUAUCCAUGAUGAACAAAGCAGGUCACCCUGGGCUUCAGCCUUCACAGAGGGUGGUGGGCGACCCCCCUGGUGGUUGUCUUUCAGGAAGUCUGUCUUCUUCAGGGUCUCGUCUAAUGCCUGGUGACUGGGUUCAUAGAAGUCCUGGACCUGGGUCUAGCCUUCCUCAGUUACCUCAUGGUUACCCCACCAAUACAGACAGGGUAAGGAUGGGCGUUCACCACGAGAUGUACCUUGCUUAUAACACAGCACACAAUCCCAACAACACCCAAACAAUGACAAGAGGUCAAGGAGGGAGCUCAAAGACUAACCACCUGAGGGCGGUGGCUCCUGCUUCUACCUCCUCUGGUGUCAUUGGGAGGCUGAGCUUUAGGACAGACGCAGACAAGCCGUACGCCUGCCCCACGUGUGGGAAGCGCUUUACUGAGGCGACCUAUGUGAAGAAGCACCAGACCGUUCACACCAAGGAGAGGCCCUUCAAGUGUAAACUAUGUCACAAGAGCUUCUCCUUCCUGACUAACCUUACCAGACAUAGGAGUGUCCACAAAGGAGAGAAAUCGUAGCAGUGUGGCUUGAGUUUUACACAAGGGAUAUCUGAGAACCAUUCUUUAGCUGACAUGACCAAAAGUAUGUGGACACCUGCUCAUCGAACAUCUCAUUCCAAAAUCAUGGGCAUUAAUAUUGAUAUCCCCUUUGCUGCUAUAACAGCCUCCACUCUUCUGGGAAGGCUUUCCACUACAUGUUGGAACAUUGCUGCAGGGACUUCCUUCCAUUCAACCACAAAAUAAUUAGUGAGAUCGGGCACUGAUGUUGGGCAAUUAGGCCUGGCUCGCAGUCGGCGUUCCAAUUCAUCCCAAAGGUGUAAGAUGAGGUUGAGGUCAGGGCUCUGUGCAGGCCAGUCAAGUUCUUCCACACCGAUCUCAACAAACCAUUUGUGUAUGGACCUCGCUUUGUGCACAGGGGCGUUGUCAUGCUGAAACAGGAAAGGGCCUUCCCCAAACUGUUGCCACAAACUUGGACGCACAGAAUCGUCUAGAAUGGCAUUGCAUGCUGUGGCGUUAAGAUUUCCCUUCACUGGAAUUAAGGGGCCUAGCCCGAACCAUGAAAAACAGCCGAACUUUACAGUUGGCACUAUGGAUUCGGGCAAGUAGUGUUCUCGUGGCAAACCCAGAUUUGUCUGUCGGACUGCCAGAUGGUGAAGUUGGACUGCCAGAUUGUGAAGCGUGAUUCAUCACUCCAGAGAAUACGUUUCCUCUGCUCCAGAGUCUAAUGGCGGCAGCUUUACACCGUUCCAGCCAACCUUUGGCAUUGCGCCUGGUGAUCUUAGGCUUGUGUGCGGCUGCUCGGCUGCUCGGCCAUAGACACCCAUUUCAUGAAGCUCCCGAACAGUUCUUGUGCUGACGUUGCUUCCAGAUGCAGCUUGGAACUGGGUAGUGAGUGUUGCUACUGACGAUUUUUACACGCUACGCUCUUCAGCGGUCCAGUUCUGUGAACUUGUGCGGCCUACCACUUCGCUGCUGAGCCAUUGUUCCUACUAGACGUUUCCACUUCAAAAUAACAGCAUUUACAGUUGACCGGGGCAGCUAUAGCAGGGCAGAAAUUUGACAAACUGACUUGUUGGAAAGGUGGCAUCCUGUGGCAGUGCCACGUUGAAAGGCACUGAGCUCUUCAGUAAGGUCAUUCCACUACCAAUGUUUGUUUAUGGUGUGAGCAGACCAACUACUUUGAGGCUGCUCUAAAGCGGAAAGGUGGAAUAAACAAGUCGGGAGCAGGUUUUCUUACAUUGAACAAAGUUCUCUAUUGAUGUCUUUCUUUCUUCUCAAACAAUCCCACACAAUCAAGGAUGAUCUCACAAGGAAAACAGAAGUCUUCUUCUUUACAGGAACAAGGAACACAACUUUUAACUAUAACAUAAUUACGGUUGUAAUGCAAGAAACCAUUUGGCUAUUCUGUUGUUAUUGUUUCUCUUACCGGCCAUCCACGUGAGGGGAGCAUGGUCAGUAACUUGGGUGAACCUACGCCCGAGUAGGUAGUAUCGGAGAUACUCGAGGGCCCACUUAAUGGCUAGGGCCUCUUUCUCUACGGUAGCAUAUCUCCAUUCCCGAUCACAGAGCUUUCUACUUAUGAAGAAAAUAGGCCUCUCUGCUUCGCCUUCACCCUGAGCGUCUAUCUUCACAGUGAACUCUUGGGAGAGUCAGUAGCCUGCAUGACGGGAUCAGAGCACAGGCUAUCUUUUAGCAACUGGAAGGCAUCUUCCGUCUCAUCCUUCCACGCUACACAGUUUGGCAGGUUUUUCUUAAUGAGGUUUAUGAGGGGGGUUGCAAUGGUUGCAUAUCCUGGGAUGAAACUGCGAUAAUAUCCCGUUAUCCCCAAGAAGGCUCGGACGUCCCACUUCGUCUGGGGCCGAGGCCAGUCCCGAAUUGCCCUGGUCUUGUGGGCGUAUUUUUCUAUUCCCCACAGUGUAUCCCAGCUAUUCCGCUUCGGACAGACCCAGGCAGCAUUUUUUUGGAUAGGCUGUCAGCCCUGUAGUCUCCAGGCUCACGAGCACCGCAGUCGCAGGGGGUGGUUAUCCCAGUCCUCACUGUGGAUGACCACAUCGUCUAUGUACGCCGCUGAGUACUCUUGAUGGGGCCGUAGAAUGUUAUCCAUGAGGCGUUGGAAAGUCGCCGCAGCCACAUGCAGUCCAAAGGGCAUCCUCACAUACUGAAAAUGCCCCUCCAGUGUGGCGAAGGCAGUCUUUGGGCGGUCCUCCGGAGCUACAGGCACUUGCCAAUAUCCCUUCGUCAGUUCCAGGGUGGUGAUGAACUUGGCCUUUCCCAAGCGCUCCAAGAGUUCAUCCACGCGGGGCGUGGGACACGCGUCAAACGUAGAGAUGGCGUUUACGCCGCUAAUGUCAUCGCAGAGCCUCAUAUUACCAUCGGGUUUGGGGACAAGGACUAUGUUACUGGACCACUCACUCAUAGAUGGCUCGAUCACCCUCAUCCUCAGCAUCUCCCUUACCUCGUUCUUUGCGUUGACUCGGCGUGCCUCCUGUAAGGGCGGAUAUGCACCUUCUUGCCGGGUUCGGUGUGGAUAUGGUGUUUGCCCUGGUAAGGGAGAGAAUACCCUGCCAAAUUGCAUAAUCAGCUUGUCUAGCCAUCUCGACUGCUCCGGCUGGAGAGUUUGGCAAUGGCGCACCUGUAGUGGGGCCUCCUCUUUUUCCUUGUCCUCCACUGCCAUCGAAGACACACCCUCUCUUCCAUGGUACUUGUUCAGCAGGUUGAUAUGAUAGAGUUGGACCUUCUUCCUCCUGUCAGGUUGCUUGAUGCGGUAAUUGACCAGUGAGAUCCUUUCCGUUACCUCGUAGGGCCCCCUCCAUUGUGUCAGCAAGCAGUGUUUGGCCGUGGGCACGAGUAUCCGUAACUUUCUCUCCCACGGUGAACUCCCUGGGUGUCGCUGACUUAUCGUAGCCUUCUCCAUAUGCUCCUUUACCAUGGGUCAGACUGCCAACAGGCGGUCCCGCAUCAGGGGUAACAUGUUCUAUCGUCGACCGGAAUGGGCAGGGUUGGGCCUCCCAGGUCUCUUUGGCUAAGUCGAGGAUCCCUCGACAUGGUCUGCCGUACAGCAAUUAGAACGGGGAAAACCCUGUGGACGCCUGGGGUACUUCUCGCAGGGCAAACAUUAAGUGGAGCAGAAGCAUGUCCCAGUUUUUCCCGCUCUGGUCACCACUCUUCUCAACAUGCUUUUAAUAGUUUUGUUCAGGCGUUCGCACUAACCGUCUGUCUGUGGGUGGAAUAUGCUUGUAUGUAUCUGUUGAACCUGGUAUAACCGACACAGGUCCUUCAUCAACCGGGACAUGAACGGGGUUCCCUGGUCGGUUAGGAUCGUCUUGGGAAGGCCCCCCUUGGGAGAACAGCAUGAACAAUUCCUUGGCGAUUCCCUUUGACGACAUGUUGCGAAGGGGUAUGGCCUCAGGGAAUUUGGUAGCAUACUCUACGACAACCAGGAUGUAUUCGUGUCCUCUGGCAUUUUCGGGAGAGGUACCACGAGGUUCAUAGCUAUGCGUUCGAAAGGGGUCUCUAUAAUGGAAGAGGAAUCACAGGUGUGGCCGUGGGGCCAUACGCUGACAUUGAUCACACAUCCUACAAUACCUGGCCACAUCUCGGGUGACACGGGGCCAAUAGAACCUCUGCAUGAUUCUGUCAAUCGUUUUUGUCCCGUGCCAGGUUUCCUCCUAGGAUGUGAGAAUGGGCUAACUGUAGGACAGUAUCCCUGUAUGGUCUAGGCACCAUUAGUAAUUCCUGUUUUCCCCCCUUCGUUGCACGACCCAAUACAAGAGGCCCCACCUGAUUGCAUAGUAGGGAAGAGAGGGCUCUCACUUGAUCCGUCGAUAUUUCUCCCAUCGAUCCCCUUCACCUUCCUCAUGGCAUCCCGUAGGUCUGGGUCUCUAUGCUGAACGGUGCCGAACUGUCCCUUUAAUUCUUGGGGCAGGUCGACCUCGGUAAAGGGGUGUGGAGUUUGUUUCCCAUCUCCGUCGGGGGUGCCCAGGAGAAUCCCUUCCAGGUUCCCUCCUCUGACGGGGCUUCAAAUAUAUCCCGUAGCCUCUGGUUGCUCCUUCCUUCCUCCGUCAUGUAUAACACUUCGCAGGUGUCUUCAUCUGAGGUUUCCUGGAAUAGCUGUUGGAGGCGUUGGGUUUGUAUGUCUUCCUCUGCUCCAGAGGACGAGGCUACGUUUCCUCGGGCUUGGACUUGGAUUUUCUUUCUCUGCUUUCCUGCCCCCCUACGGUGGCCCGGACUUUGGCAUGUGAUAGAGAGACCUGAUCCCCUUUGUACGGUGCGUAAAGUCAUCUGCCGAAGCUCCUUGUAUAGGGGACAGUCUUUACUGAUCAAUAAUGGCACCUUCAGCUGGGGUACUUUACCGGCCCUGACUGUACACCUUCCAUUCGGGGGGAGAAUAGACAGACUCACGAUGGGAUAAUAGUGGAUGUCUCCAUGGAUACAGGACACGGCUACUUUGUCUGGUAGCAGUAUUGCUGUGGUCACCAUCUGCUCCUCCACUAACGGAACCAUACUUCCGGAGUCGGGAAUGGCUACCACGUCUCAUCCUUCUAUUUGAUCUGGAAUCUCUGGGGCUGGGGCUGUUUCUGCUAACCAACAGGGGCGAUCCUGCCCUCUCGGACAGGGCUGUGUGGGGAAGGGCAGCGAUGACUCAGUGGCCAUGGCCUCGUCCUUUCAGGGACAUUGUGGGGCAUAAUGGUCCGGAGACGGGCAUUUAUAGCACCGACCCUGCUGUGUGGGGGAUGACUUCUCCCACGUCCGGAGCGGGUUUGGAUGUUUGGUUUUGGUGGCGGACAUGUCGGGGUUAAUCGGGGAACGGUCUUGGCAGAGUCCUUCCGGUCCUCCUUGUCCCCUUUUAGCAACUCCCAUGUAGAUCGGUACGUUUCCACAGCCUGGGCUAUUGAUAAAAUAAUUUAUAUGUUUAAAGAUAAUGAUUAAAUAAUUCCACUCUGAAACCAUAUAAUUGUAUAAAAUGUAUUAGAAUCAUAAAACUAUAAUCUGAUGAUGUGUGUAGUUUUAGUCAGAAUUAGAAGGACCUUUUGUUCCUUUUUAGUAUGUAAGCAUGGUGCAAGUGUGAAACAAAUGAUAAGAGGAGCUAUCGACAGACAAGCUGUACCUCUGUGUUCCUUACAGGACAUUCUGUCUCCACCCGUGGAGGGGAGAAACUGUUAGGCUUGCAGAAAAUUAUGAAACAUGUUGCAGAUUAAACAAUGUAUCUGUGUAAUGGAAAAACACCGACUGUCUGAGCAAGGCGUAGCUUAAGAUUUUAACUUGUUUGUGUUGUGGCGCUACAGUGUGUGUUAUAAAGACUGGGUUUGCAUUUUUGAUGUUGGAACGUUCCCGUGAAUAAACAUUUUGACUAUU